CGAGAGUCUCACGACCUCAUGGUGAGGGACACUUGUAAACUAUCUUAAACACACUGAACCAUCAUGGGACCAAAUUUUUUGGCCUCGAAGUCUUCGAUUUCUGACUCUGGUGAGAUUGACUACCCUCCAAUUUCUGGCCUCGAAUUGCCCUCUCAGCCAAUGGUCGAUUGGUCCUCCAAGACCAUACAAGAGAAAAUUGCCCGUCUCAUCGAACUUCAAACUUUCCAAGGUACGUGGUCUGGCUCUGAAUCUGAAAUCUUCAAAUUCGUGGUUAGGAUGGGGAGAAGGAAGGUGUCGAGAGACAAUAUGACUUUGAUAAGGGAAUCUGUGCUACGCCGCUUGUGGUUAAGUGGCUUGAGAUUUGCGCGGGUGAGGAAGAGGGUGUUUGUAGCAUGGCUGUCGAGAAGGCGAGAGGUUGGCUCGAGGGAAGUGGGGAGAUGGGAUUGAAGGGUUUGGAGGGGGAUGCGGAGAGUGUGGUUAGGGCUUUGUUGGGGAGUAAGGUGUGAUCAGAUGAGCGAGGCUGGCGGAAGAAUAGAGAUGAGAUUGACGUUGGUUUGACUCCUUUGUGUGGGUUUGAAAAGUGACUGGUGAUGGGUUUGAGUUUAUUCGGAAUGGGGUGAGAGGAUCAAGACGGCACUCAGAUGGAUUCGGUAAUCGGCGAAGACAAUGGG